CCAGUCCCAAACCCCAAGAUUCACCUUUCCAACAGAUUUUAGCUAUGGCCCGACAGCGACCUCUUGCACUCCUCUGCUUUGUGGCCCUUCAGCUCUGCACCUCUUCGCCUUGGCGCUUCACCUUCACCAGCUCGACCACCGAUCCCUCUCAGCGCCGCCCCACCACCGCGCGCCGCGCGGCGCCCGGCGCGGAGGGAACCCCCUGGGAGGUGCUGGAUCUGCCGCCGGGCAGCGACGCCGCGGCCAUCCGCCGGCGCUACCGCGCGCUGGCGCGCACCGCGCAUCCGGACGUGGCCCGGUCGACGGAGCGCCGCGAGCGUGGCGCGCGCUUCGCGGCGAUCGGCGCCGCGUAUCGGGAGUUGAUGGAGCAGGUGGAGAGCGGAGAGAGCGAGGAGCGCUUCGCGGGUCGCGCAGCGCGACCAGCGCCAAGCUGGGAGAAGAGUGAGGAACGUCCGAGUGAGAAGAGCGCGACUGCACAAAGUGAUUUGGAGUCGUGGGACGAACGUGACAAUGAUUCGCUGGUGGUGCUCUUUGCGGUGUUCUUGUGGUUAGCGAUCUUCGCGGGCUUGGCAUUUCUGCAAGAUUCCUUGACCUGGGAGACGUGCGCGCGCACGUGGGAGUGGUGGUGCUCUCUCAAAGGCAGCUGAGUGGUGCUCGGCCAGUGAAUUUCAAUGGGCCGUCCACUAAAUAGAUCUAAAUACUUAUUCCAAUGGGUGGGGUGGGGCUACCUGGGCCAUCCAUUGCCUAAGGCACGGCCCAUGAAUUGCACGAAUUCAUUUCUCAGAAACCUACACCUGCGAAGAUCUUGUCCUCCCGGGUGUGCUUCUCCAAGCAUGAGAAAGCAACUCCUUUGGUGAAUGCACUGAAGAUGUGUUUCAUUCUUCGAUGUGAUGCAUCUCGAACGCCCACAGGUCUUCAGACCAUGAUCAUACA